CCCCCCUUAAAUGUUUUGGUGAUUCUCCAGAACCAACGAAACGUAUGCUUUCCUUCCAAGGGUUAGCGGAGUUGGCUCAUCGUGAAUAUCAGGCAGGAGACUUUGAAGCAGCAGAGAGACAUUGCAUGCAGCUUUGGAGACAAGAGCCUGAUAAUACUGGUGUGCUUUUGUUACUGUCGUCCAUUCACUUCCAGUGUCGCAGGCUGGACAGGUCUGCUCACUUCAGCACUUUGGCUAUUAAACAAAACCCGUUGUUGGCCGAAGCCUACUCGAAUCUAGGAAACGUGUACAAGGAACGUGGGCAGCUGCAAGAAGCCAUUGAGCAUUACAGACAUGCGUUGCGUCUCAAACCAGAUUUCAUUGAUGGCUAUAUUAAUUUGGCUGCUGCACUGGUAGCUGCUGGUGAUAUGGAAGGAGCAGUACAGGCCUAUGUGUCUGCCCUUCAGUACAAUCCUGACUUGUACUGUGUUCGUAGUGACCUGGGGAACCUGCUUAAAGCCCUGGGUCGCUUGGAAGAAGCCAAGGCCUGUUAUUUGAAAGCAAUAGAGACUCAACCAAACUUUGCAGUAGCAUGGAGUAAUCUUGGCUGCGUUUUCAAUGCUCAAGGAGAAAUUUGGCUUGCCAUUCAUCAUUUUGAAAAGGCUGUAACACUUGACCCAAAUUUUCUGGAUGCUUACAUCAAUCUGGGGAACGUUCUGAAGGAGGCAAGGAUAUUUGACAGAGCUGUAGCAGCUUAUCUACGAGCCCUGAGUCUGAGUCCUAAUCAUGCAGUUGUGCAUGGCAACUUGGCUUGUGUGUAUUAUGAGCAGGGACUGAUCGAUCUGGCAAUAGACACCUACCGUCGAGCUAUUGAGCUGCAGCCACAUUUUCCUGAUGCAUACUGUAAUCUGGCCAAUGCUCUGAAGGAGAAAGGCAGUGUGGCUGAAGCAGAGGAAUGUUACAAUACAGCUCUUCGCCUGUGUCCCACACAUGCAGACUCCCUCAAUAACCUGGCAAACAUCAAGCGGGAACAGGGGAACAUUGAGGAGGCUGUCCGCCUUUACCGCAAAGCUCUUGAGGUGUUUCCAGAGUUUGCUGCUGCCCAUUCAAACUUGGCAAGUGUUCUGCAGCAGCAAGGAAAGCUACAGGAGGCUUUGAUGCACUACAAAGAGGCUAUUAGAAUCAGCCCCACAUUUGCAGAUGCCUAUUCUAAUAUGGGAAAUACUUUGAAGGAGAUGCAGGAUGUUCAGGGAGCCUUACAGUGUUACACCCGUGCCAUCCAGAUAAAUCCUGCUUUUGCUGAUGCACACAGCAACCUAGCCUCCAUUCAUAAGGAUUCAGGGAAUAUACCAGAGGCCAUUGCUUCUUAUCGCACUGCUCUGAAACUAAAGCCUGAUUUUCCGGAUGCAUAUUGCAACUUGGCCCACUGUUUGCAGAUUGUCUGUGACUGGACAGACUACGAUGAAAGAAUGAAAAAGUUGGUUAGUAUUGUAGCUGAUCAGUUGGAGAAGAACAGAUUGCCUUCUGUCCACCCUCAUCACAGCAUGCUAUACCCACUUUCUCACAGCUUUAGGAAGGCUAUUGCUGAGAGACAUGGAAAUCUCUGUUUGGACAAGAUCAAUGUCCUUCACAAGCCACCAUAUGAACAUCCAAAGGACUUGAAGACUAGUGAAAGCAGACUUCGUAUUGGCUAUGUGAGCUCUGAUUUUGGCAACCAUCCAACGUCCCACCUAAUGCAGUCAAUCCCAGGCAUGCAUAACUCAGACAAAUUUGAGGUUUUCUGUUAUGCUCUCAGUCCUGAUGAUGGCACGAAUUUCCGGGUAAAGGUGAUGGCUGAAGCAAACCAUUUCACUGAUCUGUCUCAGAUUCCAUGUAAUGGAAAAGCAGCAGAUCGCAUCCACCAGGACGGUAUACACAUCCUCAUCAACAUGAAUGGCUACACUAAGGGAGCCCGAAACGAACUAUUUGCGCUCAGACCAGCACCUAUUCAGGCGAUGUGGCUGGGGUACCCUGGAACCAGUGGGGCCUUGUUUAUGGAUUAUAUUAUUACAGACAAAGAAACUUCCCCAGUUGAGGUGGCUGAGCAGUACUCUGAAAAACUGGCUUACAUGCCGAACACUUUCUUCAUUGGAGACCAUGCCAACAUGUUCCCUCAUCUGAAGAAAAAAGCAGUCAUUGAUUUCAAAUCCAACGGUCAUAUUUAUGAUAACAGAAUUGUUUUGAAUGGCAUCGAUUUAAAGGCAUUUCUUGAUAGUUUGCCUGAUGUCAAAAUUGUUAAGAUGAAAUGUCCUGAUAGUGGAGACAACGCAGACAGCAGCGCGGCUCUCAGUAUGCCCGUCAUUCCUAUGAACACAAUUGCAGAAGCUGUGAUUGAGAUGAUUAAUCGUGGACAAAUUCAGAUAACAAUCAACGGAUUCAAUAUUAGCAAUGGACUAGCCACUACACAGAUCAACAAUAAGGCAGCAACUGGAGAAGAGGUUCCACGUACCAUCAUUGUUACCACCCGUUCUCAGUAUGGAUUACCAGAGGAUGCUGUUGUGUACUGCAACUUUAACCAGCUGUAUAAGAUUGAUCCUUCCACUUUACAAAUGUGGGCUAAUAUUCUUAAGAGAGUUCCAAACAGCGUAUUAUGGCUCUUGCGUUUCCCAGCUGUAGGAGAACCCAAUAUCCAACAAUAUGCCCAGAACCUGGGCCUUUCCCAGAAUCGAAUCAUCUUCUCUCCCGUUGCACCAAAAGAGGAACAUGUGAGAAGGGGCCAGCUGGCUGAUGUUUGUCUAGACACUCCACUUUGUAAUGGGCAUACUACCGGGAUGGAUGUACUAUGGGCUGGGACUCCCAUGGUCACUAUGCCAGCCUGAAGAAAAUUCGUGGUAAAGUCUGGAAGCAGAGAAUAUCCAGUCCUUUGUUCAACACAAAACAGUACACGAUGGACCUGGAACGACUUUACCUUCAGAUGUGGGAUCACUAUGCUGCUGGCAACAAACCAGAC